GUAUCCUGAGGAAGCAAAGAAGAACAACUUCCGCAAAUCACAGCGAUUACCAGGGGGUGUUGAUGUUAGCGCAAAUCUAGGUUAGCAUUAGCACUGUAUACAUAUGUGCAGUCACUUCUCUAAAUGUUGCUAUGAAUUAAGACCAGACUUCCCUCUUCGAUUAACGACGUCUCGCGGCUGUUUGACGGAGAGGUGUCAGACAUGUAUACCUCGGGGAAAUACAGCUCGCGGGGCCCUGCUCUCAUCCCGCGGAUGAAAACCAAGCACCGCAUCUACUACAUCAUCCUCUUCUCUGUGGUGCUGCUUGGACUGAUCGCCACCGGGAUGUUUCAGUUUUGGCCCCACUCGAUCGAGUCCACAGCUGAUUGGACCCUCGAUAGGCACAGUGUUCACGACGCACCUCUCAUCCGACUGCCCGUCUCCAGUCCCAUACCUGAGAGGGGUGACCUCAGCUGUCGCAUGCACACCUGCUUUGAUGUAUACAGGUGUGGCUACAACCCUAAGAAUAGAAUUAAGGUUUAUAUCUACCCGCUGCAGAGGUUUGUGGAUGAUUUAGGGGUUCCCAUCAGCAGCACGGGACUGUCUCGAGAAUACAAUGACCUGCUCAGCGCCAUUUCUGACAGUGACUUUUACACAGAUGACGUUACCAGGGCUUGCCUUUUCAUCCCAUCUAUUGAUGUACUAAAUCAGAAUUCCCUUCGUAUAAGAGAGACAGCCCAGGCUCUGGCAAUGCUACCCAGAUGGGACAAAGGGAUGAAUCACCUCCUUUUCAACAUGUUACCUGGAGGCCCUCCUGACUACAAUACUGCCUUGGACGUGCCCAGGGACAGAGCGCUGCUGGCUGGAGGUGGUUUCUCGACAUGGACCUACAGACAGGGUUAUGAUGUCAGCAUUCCAGUUUACAGCCCCCUUUCUGCAGAUGUUGACCUGGCUGAGAGACAGCCUGGCCCUCGGCGCUACUUUAUUCUUUCUUCACAAACUGCUAUUCACCGCGAGUACCGAGCCGAACUGGAGCGAUUGAAAGAAGAAAAUGGAGAAGCGGUGCUUCUUCUGGACAAGUGUAGCAACCUCUCCCAGGGUGCUGCCUCUGCACGAAAACGAUGCUACAAAGGGCAGGUGUACGACUACCCACAGAUCCUGCAGGAGUCGUCAUUCUGUGUGGUUUUGAGGGGGGCACGUUUGGGUCAGGCUGCCCUCAGUGAUGUGCUGCAGGCUGGCUGCGUUCCCGUCAUUCUAGCUGACUCCUACAUUCUGCCGUUCUCUGAAGUACUUGACUGGAAAAGGGCAUCUGUGGUUAUUCCUGAGGAGAAGCUGUCAGAGAUGUACACAAUCCUAAAGAGUAUUCCUCACAGACAGGUUGAAGAAAUGCAGAGACAGGCACGCUGGUUCUGGGAGGCCUACUUCAGCUCCAUGAAGGCUAUUGGCUUGACAACACUCCAGAUCAUCAAUGAUCGCAUCUACCCAUAUGCUGCACGUACUUACGAGCAGUGGAACCAUCCACCUGUGGUGAAGUGUUCCAGUGUAAACAGCCCCCUGUUCUUGCCACUCAUCCCACCAAGGACUCCUGGAUUUACAGCUGUGGUGCUAACCUACGAUCGUGUUGAGAGUCUUUUCCGGGUCAUCACAGAAAUCUCCAAGGUGCCUAGCUUAGCUAAGCUACUGGUGGUGUGGAAUAAUCAGAACAAGAGUCCUCCUGAGGAAUCUCUUUGGCCAAAGAUCAGUGUCCCGCUCAAAGUUGUGCGAACCAAAGAGAAUAAAUUGAGCAACCGUUUCUUCCCCUAUGAUGAGAUUGAGACCGAAGCUGUGCUAGCCAUUGAUGAUGACAUCAUCAUGCUGACAUCUGAUGAACUGCAGUUUGGCUACGAGGUUUGGAGGGAGUUUCCAGACAGGCUGGUGGGCUACCCAGGGCGGCUGCACCGCUGGGACCAUGAGAUGGGAAAGUGGAAGUAUGAGUCGGAGUGGACCAAUGAAGUCUCCAUGGUUCUAACUGGAGCUGCCUUUUACCACAAGUACUUCAACUAUUUGUACACAUAUAAGAUGCCAGGAGACAUCAAGAACUGGGUGGAUGCUCAUAUGAACUGUGAAGAUAUUGCAAUGAAUUUCCUGGUGGCUAACAUCACAGGCAAAGCCCCCAUAAAGGUGACCCCAAGGAAAAAGUUCAAGUGCCCUGAAUGUACUGCCAUUGAUGGACUGUCACUGGAUCAGACACACAUGGUGGAGAGAUCUGAGUGCAUCAACAAGUUUGCCUCCGUUUUUGGGACGAUGCCUCUGAAGGUGGUGGAACACCGUGCAGAUCCGGUGCUCUAUAAAGAUGACUUUCCAGAGAAGCUAAAGAGCUUCCCCAACAUCGGCAGCCUCUGACCAGCCAGCAAAGGAUGUUUGGGCCUCCUCAGAGCCUCAGCACUUACAGACACGCAACCAACAUUGUCUUCUGUUGUCAAGACUUCAGUAUUCAGACUGAAGUGGCACAAGCUUGUGUGCCCUCUCAGUUUAAGUGACUUUUGAUUUCACAUUGAAUUGAAUGACAUCAGACUAAUGUCUUAAAUCAGUUUGUUUUUUGGGAUUAAAGUAAAAGUUAUUGUACAACAUUUACCAAGCAUUUACUGCUGCCGAGGGUCACCCUGAGUCUGACAUUUGACGGACAGGCCGACUGAUUGCAGGUUUUUGGUCCCUCACUGUUACUGUUUUGGAGCUGGAUGCUUUGGGCUCCAGCUACUCUAGAAUCAGUGUAUACAGUGUAUAUAUUUGUAUUUUGCAGCAGUGCUGUAUAAUUUAUGAUUCUCCAACUCGAACUUUCUUUUCUUGUUUUUCCUUCUUUCUAAAAGCUGCCAUGGGACACUGUUUUAGCUGUACAAUAUGAAAAGAGUAAUAAAUGUUGAUGUUAACAUUAUAUAUAACAAAAUGAUUAAAUGACAUAUCUGCAUACACUUUAUUCAUGAUAUACACUGCUUUACACAAUCACAGUGGACCAUUCUGCAAAGCUGGCACCGUAAAUCUAAACUUUAGAGUGACUGAUUUUUAAAAAAAAGGGUGAUGUCGGGCUACUGGAGCAUUUCACUGUAACUGUAAUUUUACACCAACUGAGCAAGCCUUUCAUUGUAUUUAUAUAUAGAAAUGUAAGAAAAAUUGUGACGCUUAUCGAAGCAUCCAAGGCAUUUCAUGAGUUGUGUAUUGAGCACUACAUUAGCACAGAAGACACUGUUUGUACUGGUUCACAAAUCCACAUUUUUUCCAAAUGGAUGUGUGUAAACUGUUUAUUUUUUAUUUGCUCAUCUAACCUGUUGUGUACGUUUCUGUUUUUGACCUUUUUGUCACUACUUGCUCCAGUUAGAUUAUUAAGGCUGUAAAUCUGAGAGCAGUGCAGUCUUUUAAGAUUUUUUUUUUUUAAUUCCUUAUUGAUUUCACAAGGUCAGUGAAAUUGUUUUACAUUUUUGACUGUUUAUGCGUCUAACUGUAUAUAUGACUUUGUAAUACAUUAUAAGUAAAGACCUGCACAACCACCUA